CGGCCGAGCAGCGCCGGGCCCUCAGCGCUGGGAGCGUCGGGCGCCUUGGAAACGGACGGAAGCUGUGAGGGAGCGGCGGCGGCGGGAGGAUGCUGAGCCCCGAGCGGCUCUCGCUGCCGGGGCCCGAGUACCUGGCUCAAAGACAUGUCCUCACGUACAUGGAGGAUGCAGUGAGCCAGCUGCUGGAGAACAGAGAAGAUAUUAGUCAGUAUGGCAUUGCCAGGUUCUUCACUGAAUAUUUUAACAGCGUGCGUCAAGGAACACACAUCCUGUUUCGGGAGUUCAGCUUUGUUCAAGCUACUCCUCAUAACAGAGCAUCUUUUCUUCGGACCUUCUGGAGGUGUUUCCGAACAGUGGGGAAAAAUGGAGAUUUGCUGACAGCACAGGAAUAUCACUGCCUGCUGCAGCUGCUCUGCCCUGACUUCCCAAUGGAACUCACUCAGAAAGCAGCAAGGAUUGUGCUGAUGGAUGAUGCCAUGGAUUGCCUGAUGUCUUUUUCUGAUUUCCUCUUUGCUUUCCAGAUCCAGUUCUAUUACUCAGAGUUCCUGGAAAGCGUGGCUGCCAUUUACCAAGAUCUGCUGGCUGGUAAGAAUCCAAAUACCGUGAUAGUGCCAACAUCAUCCUCUGGGCAACACCGGCAGCGCCAGCUCCCAAAUGACUGCAGCCCACUCGACGGGGUAGAGGCAUCUCUCUUCUACCAGUGCCUGGAGUCUUUGUGUGACAGAUCAAAAUACAGCUGUCCACCCUCCGCUCUUGUGAAGGAAAUGCUGAGUAGUGCCCAGAGGCUGACCUUCUACGGAUUCCUCGUGGCACUUGCAAAGGAUCAGGGGAUCAAUAGAGCCCUAGGGGCUCUGCCAGAUAAAGGAGACUUGUUUCUGGACCCUGCCAUGGAUCAGGAACUGGAGAAAUUGGUAGCUCAGGUUUCAGGGCUUUCCAUCUCCGGUCCCAGCGGCUCUGGCGGGGACGCAGCUCACUUGCCGGUCCGUAACUCCCCCAGGAUUAACUCUCCCUGGAAACCUCUACACCACCGCCGAAAAAUGGAUGCUGAGAGUGAAGGCUCCAACGAAGAGACAGACUCCUCUGAAAACUUGUGAGGCUGGGCACUGUUCCCAUCUUGGGUUUCUCCAGCAGCCACUGCAGGAACAGCACCUCCUCCCAGAGCAUCUGCUCUGCCGGUGGGUUCUGUCCACAUCACCAGUGUGCGUGUGGCUGUGUUAGUCCCCGCUGCCAGCUCCACUCAUCUCUUCCCAGGAAGAACUCUGCCAUUUCCUAGCUCCAAGUUCCUGGGGGAAGAGCUCCUCUGCAGAAGCUAUUUCCAGCCGCAGAGUUAUGCUACCCUCUGCUGACAGGCCAGACAGCCAGCAGCUGCCUGCUCUGCAUCUACUUGGAAAUAGCCAGGUAGUCUCUCACUGGUUGGGCAGGUGCUGGAGCAGUGGCAGUGCUGGGGCAGGCACUUGCCAGUUGUUUUAUUGUGUAGCUGUGUUCAGACUUGGCUUAGACAAGAGUGGUUAAAUCACCAGUGGCAGCUCUGCACUUGUGCUUCAUUAUCAUUAUUGCCAGUAAAGCUGCCACCUGCAUGCGAUCCAAGGUAGAGACAUUGCUGAAGUUCCUAGAAGGGCUUAGAUAUUGCCAUAACACCUGACUGCUUCCUUCUCCAUGUGUCCCAGUCUUGCCAAAGCAAAUAUAGCAAACAUGCUAGAUUGCAGUAAGUCUUGCAUGAUGCUGUCUGGCUCCUCUGCUGUACUGAGUUCCCUUCUGUGAGGCCAACAGUGUAUAAAGGAAGCGAGUUUCAGAGCGGUUGGAGAGGAGAAAGCCUCUUUGGCCACGAGCAAACAUAGACAGCAUCUGCUGGGGUUAGAGGGGGCAGAAGGAAGCAUUUCUCAAAUGAGUCACAGGUACCUUUUUGUACAUAGUGCCCUUGUUGUAGCAUCACCGCAUGGCCCUUGCUACAAACAGUAGUGUCUCGUAAAUGGCAACUCGCUCAGCAGUUUGGCUUCCGUGGCCCUGAACGCUGUGUCUAGUGCAGCUCCUGUGCCUCAGCUUGCACAGCUACUUAUUUCCUGGGCAAUUUGAGUCCCUCUUGCUUUGGGAGGCUCCAUCCUCCUCCCUCCCGUGACACACUGCAGCGUGGGCUAGCGGGAGCCGGUAACACAAAGCUUACAGCGCCCCUGAGAGGAUUCAACGCAUGCUGCAGCUAUUUCAGGGCGAAUCCCGUCACGACUGCUGAGCGUGUGCGGCCGCCCCGCUGCGCGGGCAGUGCUCGUUAUUUAUUGGCAGCUAUUUAUGAACGAAGGUGCUCGCUGACUGCGCUUUCUCUGCCCCCUCUGCGAGUCACACAAUAAAGCACGCGGCCUCGGGCCACCGCGGCCUCGGGGGGUUCCUUCUGUGCUGCCCGGCCCUCCCUCGAGGGUCAGGCUCGGGGGGCCCGGCGGCGGGCGGCGGCAGCCCAAAGCCCGAGGCGCGCCAGGCCGCGCCUGCGCGGGGGCAGCUCCGCCGGGGCCGCGCAUGCGCAGGAGGCGGGAACGCUGCCGCCCCUCAGCCGCGGCCGCCACGGCCAGAGCCCGGCCCGUCGCUACCAAGCCUUCCCUCCAGCCCCCCCCGCGGCUUCAGAGCAAACCGCCCCACAGGCUCCGGCUGCUUUUGUGUGUAAAACCCCUUUCCCCUCCCCCUUCUUGCUCCGCGUCCCUCAGCGCCAGAGGGAGAAGCCGAGAGCCGCGUUGGCCAGGCCUGAAAUGACAGCCCUGACUCACCCGCUCCCUUCACGGUGAAAGCAGAGACUCAGGACUUCGACCUCAGUCCAAAGCUGGGCGACACAAUAACCAGGGAUGCAGUAAAUAUCUUUACUUCUUUACCUGGGCCAAUUUUGCUGAUGAUGUAAUUAGAAGCUAAAAAAAUAAUCUUUGCUUUGCAUAUUUUUUUCCUCCCGCAUCACUAUAUGCUCAUUUACAAGACAGUAAAAAGGAUCAUUGCAUGGUACAGGUCAGAGCCUGCAGAUCCAGAGGACUGAUGGCACCAUGGCUUGAGAGUACUGAGCACAACAAAAACAUCAUGUCCAUGGGAACCAGGUAACCUCUGUCACUGGGUGAGCUAAGGUGUGGGCCAAGGACAGGAGCACUGCUGCGGGCACCCCAAGGAGCUCCCGUUGUACCUUUCACAGCAGUGAUGUUAACCUGUAAGAAGGCCUGUCUCCACUGGCUAGUAGAUAGCAGUGGGUAUGAGGGCACAUUGAAUUUUAAUAAAGUGGAAUCCAGAGAUAUUUGGAAAGCAUCCUGGGCACAGCCAUAUCCUGAUCCCCUCCCCACCCACCCCAGGCAAACUAAGACAAUCCUGCAGUUCAUUCCAGGCAAAGGUGGCAUCAGUGCCUCUUGCUGGCUUCCCUCUCAGUUGCAGUCCCUGGGUCAUCAAUAUGAGCCGUAACGAUCCUGGAGAGGAAACACACCAAGACACCAGGCUACAACACUUGAGGCAAGCUUCAGAGACAGCAAAGCCUUGGGGUGCUGGGGAUGGGAAUGUGCUGCCAGGUUAUCUGGACAGGACACCAUGCAAAGGCAGGAAGAAAAAUGGCCUUAACUUUUGAAGUUCUGCCUGGGAUUUGUGGGAAAAGGGAUAUGUGACAUAAUGAGGUGUCCUGUCUAACGGGAGAGGAAGGUUGGCCAAGCAGAGCUCACUGGCCCCCUGGCACUGCUCGGCUACUGUGGUGUGGUUAUCAGCUACAAGAGAGGGGUCUCUGCCUGGGACUGCCCACAUAAUUUGAGAAGACAAUGAUAACUCCAGCAGAAGCCAGGAUAUGGUGACAGUCCCUGAGCAGAACCAUAGGAGCCCAGCUGAAGGUGCCACAGUGUAACCUCACCUGGAGGGAGUUCAUCACCCCGUUGGCUAGGACAGCCAUCUUGCCAGCGACUGACUUCACUCCUUGCUUGAACUGUGCAAUGUCAGCUGCAGGCAGGACGUUUCCAAUUGACACACCACCUAGGAGAUACAGCAGGAGUUAGCCCAGAGUCCCCCAGCUCCAGAGAGAACCUUCAGCCUCUCCAGUCUGGGUCCUCCAAAGCCAACUGAGUGCCAACAAACCUGAGUGCAUGUUCUCAGCCUCUCCAAACAGAUCUGCAGAGCUGAUGGCACUGCUACCCGAGAGCUGCUGCAGUCGGGAUCUGGCCUCAUACUGCAGUAGGAAACAAGACAGAACAAAAAGGUUAUGAAGGAAGGGAACAAAGCAGGACCUGAGCAAACAGGAGGAGAUGAAGCCAGAGCAGUAGCAGCUUAAGCAUUGCAGAAUGCAUCUACCUCAGCGUCCGCCUCCCGCCCGAAGAACAUAUCUGAAGAGAUGGCUUUAGCCCCUGCAAACUUCUGCCGGGCUUCGUUGGAUUCCACAACAGUCGUCCUGGGCUCUGCCUCCCGCCUACUGGUGGGUCUGGGGAAACAAGAGGCGACCCCUAAGCUUAAGCUCACCAACACAGUAAAGAAACAGACUUGAGUGCUGCCUCCAGUUCUGGGCUCCCCAGCUCAACAGGGAAGUGCUGGAGAGAGUCCAGCGCAGGGCUACCAAGAUGAUCAGGGGACUGCAGCAUCUCUCUGAUAAGGAAAGGCUGCGGGACCUGGGGCUGUUCAGCCUGGAGGAGACUGAGGGAGGACCUCAUCAAUGCUUGUAAGUACCUAAAGGGUGGGUGUCAGGAGGAUGGGGCAGUUCUUUUUUAUGUAGUGUCCAGUGACAGGACUGGGGGUAAUGGACAUAAACUGGGACACAGAAAGUUCCACUUGAACAAAAGGAGAAAUUUGUUUGGUGUUGAGGUGAGGGAGCCCUGGCCCAGGCUGCUCAAGGAGGGUGUGGAGGCUCCUGCUCUGGAGGUUUCCAAACCCACCUGGACACGUUCCUGUGGGACCUGCUGGAGGGGAACCUGCUUUAGCAGGGGCUUGAGCUGGAUGAGCUCUAGAGGUUCCUUCCAAUCUCCACCAUUCUGGGAUUCUAUGACUUCUCUCAGAUCCCAUCUGAUCAGAGGAAAGGAAUGAAUCCUCACAUGCCAGCCACCAUCGAGGUCCCUCAGGACAGCAUUUGAUAACCAUAAAGGCUGUGUCAAACUUGGAGACAUGGUAGGCAAAGAAGUGCCCAAGCCUCUUUCACUCAAGGCCCUUUUCAUGGGCUUAUCCAUGUAAGUUAUCUUGUGCAGCAGAAGGCUGCUGUAAUAAUACAGCAGCAUCUUUCCCCACAGCUCCUAGACCUUUCCCUUCAUCCCACAGGGAGGGAAGGUACAGUAGCAAUGGCAGGCACUUUACCUCUCUGAAACUGGCCGAAUACUGGAAAUGGUCACCUCAGGUUCAUCCUCUUUGUCCAUACCCCAAGAAGAGUCCGAUUCCCAUCGUGAGCCAAAUGUAUCUUCGAAUGAGAAGGGAUUAUAUUUGUACCUAGACACCAAAAACAGGUAAUUUAGGCCAAGCAUUAAAUUCUGGAAUAAGGCAAAGACUACAGUGAAGCUCAGUCUUACUUGGGGGGUCCAGAUGUGAAGCCUCCAGCAUCUUCAAACAAAUCCAACUGAGAGCGGGCAGACUUUGCAGCCAGCGGCGUCUCCUGCUCGAUGACUUGCAUCUCUGACAUCACUGAGUGUGAAACAGAACUGGCACAACAAACAGGGUGUCAGGGCCACAGGGCUGGCAGCACCCAGCCCCUAGGACCAGUCUGUCUCAAAAGUGACCCGGCCUUCACAGGCAGGGCAGGUGCCACAAGCCCCGAGGGAGCUGUGGGAUGCCAGCCCCCUUCACCACUGAACUGGCUCAGCCUGACUCGCUCUGGGGGCUUGGGCUGCCUUAUGAUGGGAAGUGUGCUGCAGGGAGACAUCUGGCAAGCAGCAAGGCUGUAGGGUGAGACACUGACAGGCCCCAUGCACCUUCAGAAAAGCUCACAUGAGAACUAGAACCCAUUCCUUCUGGGGCCUGAACCAUUUUUAGACAGUUUAGUAUACAAGCACUUAAAAAGUCAGCUCCUCAUCUGUUACAGGAGCAGCAAGCUACUGCCUUCAGGAAGCUUUUCCAGAGCAGGAUGCUUCCAAGGCACCUGUCCUGUGCCAUCCACAGCCAAGUACCUUCUGGACACCAAGCCCAUGCCCAGCCUCUCUGCUUGUUCACGCUUCUUCCCUUCAAGGUUCUGAAGUUUCUUCUCUUCCUUCUUCCGGUCGAGCUGCAGUUCCUGGUACGCCAGUCGCAUUGAGGUCACUCUGAAGGAAAGAGCUAUGGUGGGUGCCAGCUCACUGUCCUCCCACCCAGCCCAUACUGUGGAGGGGCAAGAGAGAUUCUGUAACAGCUCUGACAGAACUCCUUGAUCCUGGUUGUCUUCCCACCUUGCCUCCACUGAGAUUCAACUCUUGUUGUUGCCAACUACAAUUCCCUUGCUGCAAGCAUUGCACCCCUACACCCCCUGACAAUGCCCCAUCCAUUUCAGCCUUUGCCUUUCCCAGUCCUGCACAAAGGUCCACACAAACACAAAACACUUUGUAUCUGCUCCUUAAAUUCUUCCAGGGAUGCUGAUUUGAAUCAAAUAAACAGCACAACUUGUGCCCUGCUGUAAGGACCACUGGCUCAUCCUAUCGUGCAACGUGUUCUGUGCUCACAUUAGGUGGUUCUCAGGUGACCUGCACCAUAUCCAGCCCAAAUAGGGCACUUACAUGGACUCCUCAGCUUGUUUCCUGGACUCCACUGCCUGCUGCUCCCUCAGCUGCUCUGCCACCUGGGCUUGCCGCUCAAUCUCACUGAAGCUCUGGCUGCUCACCUUCUGGGCUCCAAGACCUUUUUUUGCA